UAGACGAAUAGAGCAAUGAUGCAUCUUCUCAUGAAUGGAUUCUGUCUUUGCAGGUUUAGCUUCCCAAGAUGGACCUGAGGGUAACAAGCGUUCUCCUAGUCCUCCUAGCUUUGGCUGAGGCAACCCCUGAGAGGUACUACCAAGUGGCCAAGACUCCCUACCCUGUCAAGAGUCACCCCGUCAAAAGUCAUGGCCCACCAGGUCCUCCAGGUGAGCCAGGUCAGCCAGGACCAAUGGGACCACCUGGACCUUCUGGAAAGAGUGGUGUAGGACAUACUGGACCACAAGGUCCACCAGGACCUCCUGGACCAGCUGGCUACUCUCAAGCAGGUAAACCUGGUGCCCCCGGGGGCCAUGGAAAGCCAGGUAGCCCUGGCCACCCUGGUGAUAAAGGGGCACCUGGCGCAACUGGACCAAUGGGUCCCAGAGGUGCACCUGGUACACCUGGAACACCUGGACCUCAUGGUAUUUCUUCUGUUGGAAAACCUGGACCAUCUGGCAUCCCUGGGGCAAUGGGACCAAGAGGAGAGACUGGUUUGAAGGGUCAUCCUGGUAUUCCUGGCCUUCCUGGCAAUAAAGGAGAGAGAGGCAUUGGAGUUCCUGGGGUUCAAGGACCACCAGGCGCAGUUGGACCAAUGGGCCCAUCUGGAAUGCCAGGCAAACCUGGAGUUGGCAGACCUGGUGCCACUGGCUAUCCUGGCGAACCUGGCAAAGGUGGAGUGCCAGGAAGAGAUGGUGCUCCUGGGCCAAUGGGUAUGACAGGACCAAAGGGUCACACCGGGGCUCCAGGUACAGGAGCAGCAGGGAAACCAGGCCAGAAUGGAACCCCAGGCAUGCCUGGACCCAUGGGAUCUAAAGGUCCACAGGGUCCAGCUGGUCAGCCAGGCUCCCCUGGCAUGCCAGGUGUUGGCAAAACAGGUGAACCUGGAAUACCAGGUAGCAGAGGAGCCCCCGGUACUUCAGGAACCACUGGUCAGAAGGGAGAACCAGGCCCAACUGGUUUUACUGGUCAGUCAGGUGCCCCUGGUCCUAUUGGCCCAGCUGGUCCACAGGGUGCAAGAGGAUUCCAGGGUGAGGGAGGCGCACAAGGACCCAAAGGUGACAUUGGUAUGGUAGGUGCACCAGGCCCAAGGGGAACCAAGGGUGAACAGGGAGCUCAGGGUUUCACAGGAAAACCAGGUAGUCCUGGGGCCGUAGGUCCUGCAGGAAUUCCAGGGCAUAAUGGUCCUCAGGGUCAAAAGGGGAACCAAGGCCAUGGUGGUGCCCCAGGACUCCCAGGUUCGAAUGGUGCCCCAGGACCAAAGGGGCACACAGGCCCUGCAGGAGGACCAGGAAAAAGCGGUGAGAACGGAAGACCAGGUCCCAUGGGACCAGUUGGGCCCUCUGGUCCAUCAGGCCCCCCUGGACUUAAGGGCCAUCCAGGUCUUCCUGGCCCACCUGGCCCAGCUGGAAUGACGGCUAAGGGAAUUUCUGGUCCUCAGGGUGCACCUGGAAUUCCAGGUGCGAACGGUCAAGAUGGUCACCCAGGUCCUGCUGGUCCUCCCGGACCACCUGGUCCACCAGGUGAGGUGGUCUACCAUCAUGAGAAAAGCAUGCCAAUCAAGUCCCACGAGGUUGUGAUGUCCCAUGAGAUGAUGAAGGCCCCCAUGUCUGCCUUCAGUGCUGUGCUGACCAGAGCCUACCCCCCAGCUGCAUCCCCUAUUCAGUUCAACCAGGUUCUGUACAAUGGGGAGGGCCAUUAUGAUGAACACAGUGGUGUGUUUACCUGCCAGGUCCCAGGCCUCUACUAUUUCAGCUAUCAUAUGCAUGUCAAUGGUGCCAAUGCAUUGGUAGCCCUCUACAAAAAUCAGGACCCAGUCAUUUUCACCUAUGAUGAGUACAACAAAGGCUUCCUGGAUCAGAUGUCAGGCAGCACUGUUCUUAUGCUGCAUGCCGGUGACAGAGUUUAUGUCCAGGUCCCUGAUGAGGAGAGUAAUGGCAUAUUUGCAGCAGAUAAUGUUCACUGUGCUUUCUCUGGGUUCUUGAUUGCCUCAACGUGAUUAAAUCACCCUCAAAAACAUAUAAAACAUUGAAAUACUCAGAGAAAUGGAUCAGUUAAUACAAUUCAAAAUUGAGACAGUGGAUUAAAAUAAAUAUAUAUAGUUGUUAUUUUAACAAGUUUAACUUUACCGUAGUAAAACAAAUCUUUAAUUUGCUAACAAAUUACUCAACUGACAGAAGUCUAAAUUCAAGUUGGAAUUUUAAAAUAUAUGUUUCAAAUUGAUCCCUUUCCCCCCCUUCACCAUGUGUGUGCCUUUGUAACUUUAAAAAACAUGAAACAAUAUUGGAAGAUAUCUUAAGUGGUGCUUUACAACUGCCUGUAACAUUUACAGCACAUCUUUUCUUUGUGUUUGUUUUUAUUAAUGUCUGUUGUUAAAGACUUUUCCUGUAAUAUACAUACAAAGACACACAGACCUGUUGUACUAUAUGUUAUUAAAGAUCAGCACAUUCUCACAAGCACUGUGAUCAGCAAAACAACACAAUGAGAAAUUCAAAAUGCUUUUUUUUUUUCAAAAUAACGAUGUCCCAUCGCGUUUUUUAAGUUAUGUAUCACUUACUGUCUAAGACACAGAAUAAAACGUAUU